GUAAAUUGUCACGUGUGGACACGCCCCGCCCCGCCGCCUCCAUUAAAGCGCAGCAAAGGUCGUCGCUCUGCUUCCACCGAGCAGUCAAAUCCACAUCGAGGCCGAAGCAGACAGAGAGCGGGGCGGCGGCUCAGACGUAAAACGAAACCAGCGGACCCUGCGUGUAUGCAGGCGGCGCUCCGACACGAUAAAUUAGUAAUACAAAGCUCCUGGAGACCGGACUCCGCAGCCGAUCUGGGACUCCACGGACGGACGCAGAGGGUAUGUUCCCAGAGAAGGCCAGCCAGCUCGAAUAGGCUGCAGCGCCAGCGAGGCGGCUCGGUGCACGCUGGAAAUUCAAUUGGUGGAACCAGGGAGGGUGCCCCGGACUUUUCCACUGCAGGAAACCGACAGAGCAGCAGCAGUAUCUGCAGCAGCGGAGGGCUUGCCCUGCUGCACGGCAUGAGGAACUGACUCUGCAGGAUGCACCGCUGCAGCUGUGUCGCUCGCUGAAGGCGGACAGACUCCAGCUUGUCCCGGAACUGUGCAGGAAUUCGAUCCAACUGGUCGCUGACCACAUCGGCAAACGUUUCCACGGCUUAUUCCUCCUCCGGGGAGCCCCACGGUGGCCCUCGGCAGGCUUGCUGUGGAAAUGUAAACACAGGUCGGGCUGGAUUUUAAACUACGCACACGUCCCACCUCCUCCUCCUCCUUCUCCUUCUCCGUCCGAGAUGGAGACAGAGAGGGUCGACUCGAAGCAGGAGGGAGAGGCAGAGCCGCCCCUGCACAGCAUCCACGGAACCAACCGGAUCCGACCGUCCUCCUACCGGGCCUUGCGCAGCGCCGUUUCCACCUUGGCUCGCCUGGACGACUUCAGCUGCGAGAAGAUCGGGGCGGGCUUUUUCUCCGAGGUGUUCAAGGUGCAGCACCGCGUAACGGGUCAGGUGAUGGCUCUGAAGAUGAACAUCUUGGCCAGCAACCGAGCCAACAUGCUCAGGGAGGUCCAGCUCAUGAACAGACUAUCUCACCCCAACAUACUCAGGUUUAUAGGAGUGUGUGUUCAUGAGGGACAGCUGCACGCUCUCACAGAGUACAUCAACGGCGGUAACUUGGAGCAGCUGUUGAGCAGUGAAGCGUACCUGUCGUGGACCACGCGGCUCAGGCUGGCUCUGGACAUCGCCCGUGGACUGAAGUACCUGCACAGCAAGGGCAUCUUCCACAGGGACCUCACGUCUAAGAACUGUCUUGUGCGUUUGGAGGGUGGCAUGUGCUCAGCCGUGGUGGGAGACUUUGGCCUGGCAGAGAAAAUUCCGGAUUACAGUGAAGAAGAAAUCCCGGAACGUUUGGCAGUUGUCGGCUCCCCCUACUGGAUGGCUCCAGAGGUGCUCAGAGGAGAAGUGUACAAUGAAAAGGUGGAUGUGUUUGCAUACGGGAUCGUCUUGUGUGAGAUCAUUGCAAGGAUACAGGCCGACCCAGACAUCCUGCCACGCACUGAGGACUUUGGCCUGGACGUUGAGGCCUUUCAGCAGAUGGUUGGAGACUGUCCACCUUAUUUCCUGGAUUUGGCCAUCGCUUGCUGUAAUAUGACUGCGAAACUCCGUCCAUCUUUCUCCCAAAUUGUAGCGGAGCUGGAGAAGAAACGAGCUGAGAGAAGGCAGAGGGACGAACCUCCAGUGAAAGCCAUUGGGCCUCUGCGAAGGCCAUCCCUCUGCGACAUGUCUGAUCCACGUCUCUCUCGCAGCAAGUCAGACAUGCUGCACCCUCCGGACACGCCAUCCAUUACUUUGGCACCUUCUGCUCGGGUCAACCCCUUCUCGCAGCGGGAAGACCUGAAAGGAGGAAAAAUCAAACUUUUUGAUACUCCCAGCAAGUCGGUUAUAUCCCUGACAUUUACCUUGCCUCCUCUGCUGGACUGUAAUGACGUCUCAGCAUCUGAAGCUGAGGACGUGGACUUUCCCAGGAGGCACAGGCGAUGCCACUCACUGCCGUGUACUCCUCCUCCGCAUAUGAUGUCAGCGCCGAACACCGUCCUUACAGAGGAGGAGUCGAUGUUUGAGAUGAACAAUGUGAAUGGUGACGUGAACGGAGGAGGGAGUGAGGAGGAAAGUUUGUUAGGUGGAGAAAAGGAGGAUUCUCUGGCAGGUGAUUCAGGUCUUCCAUUGUCAAUUGAACCUCUGUCGCUGAAUCUGGUGGACCAACAACACCAGGAGAUGGCGGAACAGCCCAUGGACUGCACCAUCUCCCCAGAUAUGCAGGACAUCACAUCCCUUUACUCUAAACAUCCUCCUCCCUCCCACUCCUCAACUCCCUGUCAUCCCUCCAACCCUUCCUUAUCAAACGGCUGGAGGUCAGCCAUCUCCAACCGGCCUCAGUGCCUGCUGCCCCUCUCCAAUCUGGACAACCACAAUGUGAUUGUAAGCCGACCGCUAGGCUGGGGCGCUGCCACAGACACUCCCACAACCAACAACAACGGCUAUCACUCCCAGCCCAGCGACCCCGCUGGCUCGUCCCCGUUCGGUUCCAGCAGCGGACACUCUCUGGACCAGGAGGAGGUGAUCUCCUGUCCUGGCUGCUGCCUGGCUGGACUCCGUUUCCCCUCAGUGUGUCUGAGAACCCCCCCUCGCCGAAACCCCUAUAAAAAUUUGAAUGGGGAUCACGUGGCCUCCCGUGGGCUACUCUGUCCAGGACCCAAGGGCCUGUCGCCCUCGCCUACCCCCACGACCACCAACACCAGCCUGGAUCCAGGACUGGCCUUGCCAGGAGCUCAAACAUAAAUCCUUGACUGUCAACACCAAAUGCAAAGCUCUUCCCUGGAAAAUAAGCGGGUCUCCUUAAAAUUUGCACAGAUUUUAAUGCAGCAAUUUUUCUAGACACGUCUUUUUGUUGCACAGGAGUUUGUGUGUCUGCAUGAGUUCAUUAAAAUACUGUCCAGACUUAAAAGAAAUGACUUUCUCCAGGAUUGCUGUGAGACCUUGGUGAUGGACGCCCUCUGCUGGACUGAGGGUGUCCCAAGACAUGAUUUGACUCUAUCAGGAUGUGAGCACUCCAGUUUGUCGCAGUGAGAUCCUGUAAAUGUACAUCUGUACCGAUUCUUAUACCGGAAGAGACUGAUGAGGCUGAAAUGAGGAAUCUUUAAGUUUAGUAUUAAUACGGUUGCAAUGAUUAUUUUGAUGUUUGGUGCUGCUUCUGAAUGAACAGGCAGUUUUGCUUUAAUGUGUUUAUCCAGAGGUGUACAGUGCAUUUCUGAGGAGCGUUUGAGUAAGUGGCUGUGUGUGUGAGAGAGCGGAUGAGAGUGCUGUUCACCGUUCUUAAGAAUAUUUUUGUUGCUGAAUAUUCUUUAUUUGGCCCCUUCUGGUUGCCUGGUUAAGCACUUCAACUGUAUUACUGUUAAAAAGGAAACUGUUUAUCAUUAUAUUUGGGAAUGAAUGGUCAAAGACCUGUUUAAGAGAUGUACAGAUUCUUAUUAUUUAAAGAUGGCAUUGAAUAAAAAGAUGCACUGAAAAUGCA